ACCCAUCCAGACUGCGGAACAUGCAUUGUUUCCCCCAGAGUUCCUCAUCCAUCUCCUGUUCCUGGACCUUCCCUGACUCCCACUGGGACUCCUAUACCGUGGAGGUGCGUCAGCAGGACAGCUGGGAGCUGGUGUACGCCCUGCGACCUGGCCCAGGAUAG